AAUCAAUUAGUUAUUUUUUAUAUAAUUUGAUAUUAUCUAUCUAUCAGUCUUUUAAUUUAUUUAUUAAUUUUGAAUAAUAUCAGAUUUACUUAUAUAUUUUAAUCAAUCAGACUAAUAAAAUAACAAAUUCGUUUGCUAAAAUUGAAUUUAAUAUGAAAAGGGAUUAACAAGAAUCUGAAGAAGAGAGCGAGGAAAGUGGGGAUGACUCUGAUUCUGUCGAGGUUUAGAGGGCAACAAAUGUUAGGGCUAAAUCAUAUCAUGAUUCAAAUAAUGUUAUUUUAGGAAAAAGAUAAAGGAGAGAAUCAACCAAACAUGCCAAAGAUGACUUGAUAGGAUUUAAGGAGAAAAAAAAGAAGCGCGGUAGAAAAGCUAAAAAGAAAAAACCUUUGCCAAUAAAAAAGAAGGGUCGCAAGAAAAAGAAAGUCUCAAAAAAAAGUUAAAAAAAUGGAUAGUUGAGGGGAAAUGGUGAAAAAAGAGAAAAAAAAGAGAAAGGAGAGAAAGUUAUUAAAGAAAGAUCUAAGGUAAAGGUAGAGGAUGAAGAUGAUGAGUUUAGACAUCAAAAUCCUAACUUGAUUCAUCUCUCAAAGCUAAAUAAAAUAUUUGUUUUGCACAGCAGUGAAAUAAGAGCAAACAAAAAAGACAAAAAAAAGCUAUUUCAAAAUACCUUACUAGCUAAAACACCAGAAGAAAAAAGAACCUCACAAUCUAUCAUCGAAUGUGAUUUAAGAUACUUUGAUUUUACUUAUUUGACAAACAUAUUUGACUCGUUUGAUGUUGUAAUGAUUGCUCCACCAUUUGAUGCAAUAUCGAUUUAAGAAGUAUUUGAACUAAAAGUGGAGUUGAUCUCUAAGCAAGGAUUUCUUUUUUUCUGGGCAAAAGAUGUUCCAACAGCUACUUCAUAUGAAAUAAUGUCUAAAUGGGGAUAUGAUGUUAUUGAUCAAAUUAUUUGGGUGAAAAUCGAUAAAAAUGAAGGGAAAAUGAUUUUAGAAGACAAGCCAGACAAAUAUUUUUAUAAUUCAAAUGAAAUGUGCUUAAUAGGUGUCAAAAAGCACCCUUCCUCAAAGGGAGUUGAGUAUCAAUCAAAGGUAUCAAACAAUAUCAUAGUUUCUCAUCAACCAUAGAAUUAAUCUUGUCCAGAUUAAAUAUACGAUAUUAUUGAUUUGAUGAUGCCAGGAAGCAAAAAAAUAGAACUUUUUACUAAACAGAAAGUAAUCAGAGGAGGCUGGUUUGGGUUAGAGCAUAAGUUUUAACCAGAGAUAAACUAAAGUAAAAAUUUAAAUCAACAAAUCAAUACUAAAGAAUCAGAUAAAGCAGCUCAUUUUGAUCAUACUAAAGUCUAAGAUAUUCAAGCUAUAAAAAAUAAUUAAAUUCCUAUUUUCAAUUAGUAGCAAUGCCUUAAAUGUGAGAUGAAACCAAUCGUUGGGCUGUAUUUUUCUUGUGAAACAUGCAAGAUAGAUACUCAGAACUCUUUCUCUAUAUGCUAAGAUUGCUUCUUUAAUACAUCUCCAAAAGAAUUAUUUAUUGGAAAUCAUAACGAAAACCAUAAAUUAGAAAUUGUUCACGAAAUACCUCAAUAAACUUAUAAAUAAAAACUUAAAUGCACGAAUAUAUCUUGUUAGAAAGAUUUAUCAUACUCUUUAGUACACAAAUGCUUAACCUGUUUUGAAUUGUACUUAUGUGAAAAGUGCUAUGCAAACCAAAAUAAAGUUAAGCUUCCAAAUACCCUCAAGGAUUCACAUUAAUACUACCAUGAUUUUUUUAUGAUUAAAUGAAAACACAAACUAUUAAGUUUUAGCACUAAAUUUUAAAUAGAAAAUUAGUUAUUUUUAUAUAAAUCUAACUUUAUAAUAAUGUUGUUUCAAUUUAUAUUUUUUUAUUCAGUAAAUAUAAAUUAUCAAGAUAUUACAAAUCAUUCAUUU